AUGGCAGCCACCGGAAGUGUGAUUACGUGGAUAAUUCUGGUUGCUAUAGCAGCUAUUAUAUUUAUACCACAUGAAUGUGGUGGCCGGUUGGUGGUUAGACAGAAGGACCUGGUCGUGGACAUAGGUCGGUCUACAUAUCUGACGAGAGAAGAUUUGGCUAUUUCCACUGUGAGAAGAGGGGAAAGCUGUCGGGUUGAGGUGGCUACUGCGGAUCCGAUCACUCAAAGAGUGGGACGGAUAACUCCACCG